AAGGUUUAAUCAUUGUCAGUGCAACAUAUCGUCAGUUAUGGAUGUAAAUAGUGGUUUUACGGCGGAAGACGAACUAGCUCGUCAAGGAUUGUUCAUCGAUGACAUUCACAGGCUUCGUAUCCUCGAUCCGUCCGUCGCCGAUCAAACGCAAAAACUGAAGAGCGAGUGCGACCAUUUUCUCCAAACAACGAAAAAUUUUGAGAAAACGGUUGAUGCUUUCAAAAAAGAAGCCAGAAGGACGGCGGUAGCUGUAGAGAUCGAGAAGAAACGAGCCAUUGGUUACCGGCUCUUACUCGAUGCGUUACGGAAAAAAAAGGAACAGGAUCAGCGUCAACUAAUGGUGGAGGUUGACCGGAGACGCCUAAAGCUGGAGCAACUUCGCGUUGAAACAGACAUGCUACAAAAAGCUGAACACUUUCACCAAGAAAUCAUUGAUCACUUUCAAAUGCUUCAUUGAUGAAUCUUCUUUUACAGUACUGCUAAAUGUUUCUCUAUGUAGUUUACAUUCCAUGGAUGGUGCCUUCCCAUAUUUCCAUGCACUUUGCGUUCAACUUUGAUCCUAUAUCAAUUUGGAGUUCAGCAAAAAUAAACGCCGUUUGUCAUGGUCACAAAAACUC